CCCUCUGGGCGGAGCUCCCUGACUGACAUCCAGUAGAAGCCAGUCGACGCUCUCCUAAGGGCCCGGCAACCAACCAGCGAAGCCGGAGGGCGGGGCGGGAAGCUGCGCUCACGGCGCGAGCGGGGCAGAGCGGCGAGCGUUCCCCCGCUCACACGGCGCCAUGGCCGGCUACCCGUACGGGCAGGGUUACCCCGGAUCAGCAGGGCCAGCUCCAGGUGCCCCGCAGGGCGGUUACUAUUCCGGAGGCCAGUAUGGAGGUGGACUGCCUCCUGGUGGUUCCUAUGGCGGCCCAGCACCUGGAGGCCCCUAUGGACCACCAUCUGGCGGAGGGGCUUAUGGGCAGCUCACCCCAGGGGGAGCACCAUCUGGAGCUCCUGGGGGACCUUAUGCAGGAGACCCAGCCCCAGGAGGGCCUUAUGGGCAGCCAUCUACCAAUCCCUAUGGUGCCCCUCAGCCAGGACCCUACGGAGCCGGGGCUGCUGCUGGUAACAUGCCACCCGGCGUGGACUUGGAGGCCUUUUCUUGGUUCCAGACAGUGGAUGCCGAUCGCAGUGGCUACAUCUCCAUCAAAGAACUUAAGCAGGCCCUGGUUAACUCCAACUGGUCUGCAUUUAAUGAUGAUACCUGCCUCAUGAUGAUAAACAUGUUCGAUAAAACGAAGUCGGGACGGAUCGAUAUCUUUGCGUUCUCGGCCUUGUGGCGCUUCAUCCAGCAGUGGAAGAACCUCUUUCAGCAGUAUGACAGAGACCGGUCAGGUUCCAUCAACUUCAGUGAGCUGCAGCAAGCUCUGUCCCAGAUGGGAUACAACCUGAGCCCCCAGUUCACCCAGCUGCUGCUGUCCCGUUACUCUCAGAGGGCUUCCAACUCCACCAUUCAGCUGGAUAGCUUCAUUCAGCUCUGCACCCAGCUCCAGAGCACGACCGAAGCUUUCCAGGAGAAGGAUACCAGCAGGGUAGGCAGCGUGCGGCUCAGCUAUGAAGACUUCCUCACUAUGGCUGCAACUCGCAUGUUGUGACACCUUGGGACGUUUCUUUGCCUGAGGGUAGAGUCACCAGAAGCAAUCGAUCAGCCCCUCUCGCCUGGAUAUGUAUGUCCUCUGACAGGAAGGGUAAAUCCAUUCCAUUUCCUCUCCCACCUGUGUAACAAAAGUGAAGUGCCUGAGAAUGAGGGAGCGACAUGGACAGGUGGAAUCAGGCUGUGAACGUGUGGCAGAAGCCUAGCUGUCAGCCCCUUUGAUUUCAGUCUCCAGUCCACAAAACAAUUUAGAUGUCCCUGCCAAAAACACUGGUUACAUUAUAUUGCCACCAGGGGGCACACCACAUAAACGGAAGGCCAGCAUUGUAAAUUACACUGUAUGGUAAUGACAGGUUUCAAGUGUCCUCUGCCCCCCACCUCCUGCCAAAGUCAGGGCCAGUUCUAGGGGUGGGUGACAAGAACGGUUACCUAGGCACCAACUUUUGUGGGGGGGUUGCUCUGCUGUGCUGUUCAGCUCUGAUUGGCCAUCUUUUUUUCCUCUGUCACUCGGGAGGCCCCAAAAAUGUGUUCUGCUCUUGCCAGCAAAACAGCUAGGGCUGCUCCUGUCUCCGGUAGGUAAAACUGUACUUCAGUCCCCAAACUGUGCUCUCCUGCCACCCUGGGAGGAUGCUGUCCUAGUUGUCAGGCAUAUGAAAAUGUUUAUUCCCCCUCAGUCGGCCUUAUGGGGCUUGAUUCCUUGUUUCCCCCACAGUAAUUUAGGGGAACAUCGACAUCUUCCCUCGUACGAUCCUUGAUAUCCAAAGUGGCAAGUGAUGCCAAGGAGGGGCGAGCAUGCAUUGCAGCAUUUGUAUUGACAGCUGUUCCAAUUCCUGUGCCUGAGUACUGGCGUUUCAAACCUGACUCCCUUACCAAAGAUCAAUCAUUUAACAAAACCAUUGCUCACACUUCCAUUCUCUCGCUGUGGGGUCCUCUUCUUUUGUGACGUGUAGCUUGACAUCUGAGUCCUAUCCAGUGCACAGUUCCUGCGCAGUGUGAAAUGGGGCCUCUUGACAUGAGUGACAGAGGAUAAUUAGCUCCCUUUUUCUUGCCAAUGUGUAUUUGAGGUUUUUUGUUUUCAUUUUUAGGGGCCAAAAUCAUGAAGGGCUUUAAGCUUCAGUAAACAGUUUAUACUUAGAAAGAUCACUGCAAUAAAAUACCGUGUGCAUUA